AUGAGUGAUGCUCUGACUCUCACAGUUACAGACAAUCCUUGUAAGGUGUACAUUGAAUCAUCAGAGCAGAAAAAUCCACUCCAAGAGUCAGAAGAAUUGACUGUUCGCUGUUCCACAUCUGGUUUCUGUGAUUCUUAUCCUGAAUGGCUCAUCCACACAUCAGGACAAAAGCAAGAAUGGGUUUCCUCCUCGUCAACUGAUAUGAUCAGACUGACUGAAGAGAAAGGAGGAGGCAGAAAGGUCACCAAAUUAAAGCUCAAUGUGACAUGGAAAGAUGACAAGCGCACUCUGUCUUGUCGUCCAGCGAAGAGUGAGGACAGCUGCCAGAUCAGAAAUAUCACACUGUCUGUGGAAUAUGCUCCUAAAGACACAAAGGCAACCGUGAGCCCUGAAGAUGUAAAGGAGGGAGAUUCAGUCACUCUCUCCUGCAGCAGCGCAGGACGACCUGAUGUCAGCUUCACAUGGUUCAGAAACGAGAAAACAGAAAAAGCUCAACAAAUGUCUGUCUGGAAACUAAUUAAUGUGAAAAAGGAAGACAGUGGAGAAUAUUACUGUGAAGCUAAAAACACGCUUGGAGAAAAGAAAUCAAAUAUCAUUCAAAUUGAUGUGAAGUACGGUCCACAAGGCGUCACAGUUCAUCCUCUGGACAGUGUUACAGAUCUCAAUGAGGGAGACCAACUAAAACUCAAGUGUUCAGUCCAGAAAAGUAACCCAACAGUCGAUCAGUUUACAUGGUACAAAAAUUCCCAAGCCCUGUAUAAAACUGGCGAGACACUCAUCAUCAAUGAAGUUACUGCAGAGGACAGAGGAUCUUACUAUUGCCAGGCUGAUAAUGGGAUAAAAACUGUGAAAUCAAAUGACCUCUGGGUUUCUGUAAUGUAUUCACCAAGAAACAUCAAAAUCGAGGGCUCUGCCUCUGUAAAAGUGGGCACUCCACUGACUUUGACGUGCUCAGCUGAUGCUAACCCUCCGUCACUCAUGUACACAUGGAAGCACAAACCUGGACUGUCUUCUUUCCCGUUAUCAAUAAAAACUGGACAGUUAAACAUUAAGAAUGUGACCAUUCAACAUGCAGGGCAGUACACAUGUGAUGUUGCCAACACUAUUGGCACAAGAUCACGCACCAUUACAGUUGGUGUGCUUUAUCCUCCAUCUAAUCUCAGUUUGAUGAUGAAGGAGGAAGUGAGAGAGUUUGAAGUGAUCUCCGUUAUCUGCUCGGUUCAAAGCUUUCCUGACUCACAGCUCACAGUGACAGGACCUCGGGGUGAUCUGAGAUCUGUUCAGAAGAAUCGAGUGAACAGCACUCCAUCUGCAAACAUGUUGACUCUAUACUUCAAUGUCUCUGAGUCAGAUGCAGGGAUGUACACAUGCAAAGCAGGAAAUUCAGAAGGAGAUUCAGAAAUUAAACGAGAGCUAAUUGUGUUGCAUGCACCUAAAAAUGUGAGUGUAAGUUCUAAAGGAGAACAGAAAUCUGGGAGUGAGCUGACCCUUACAUGUGAGGCUCACUCCAAACCUGCUCCAUCCUCAUAUGAGUGGAAGAAACGCUUUAAUGGGGGAAUAGACACUAUCGGAGAUAAACAGGAACUACAAUUUACCUCUCUGAAAAUCACUGAUUCUGGUCAGUAUGUCUGUAUUGCUCAUAAUUCCAUUGGAAAAACAGAAUCCACAUCUGUAGAGAUCAAGGUCAAGUAUGCUCCAAACAUGAAUAUUGUCCAUAACAUGACAACUUCAACUCAGUGGAAUUGGGAGAUUCCAGUCCGUCUGACCUGCAGUGCAGAUGCGUAUCCUCCCGUCACUGAGUACAAAUGGUACAGAGAGGAGGACAACACCACGGUAGUAUCACACCAGCAGAACUUCACUGUUUGGCAAAAGAGCCCAGGAAUGUAUUACUGUACAGCAGGCAAUGCUAUCGGAAAAUCACAAUCCAAAAGCAUCAAGUUAUUUAUCAGCAGUAACUCUCUCACGGUGUUCUACCAGAUCUUCUUACCCAUCAUUCUCCUGUUGAUUCUCAUUGUUGUGGCCAUCUUUCUGAUACGCAGGACUAUCAUCAAGGCAAGAUCAAAUCAGCAAAGUGGAGCAGAUAAUCCAUUGUGCUUUUUUCCAGCAUUCCUGUCACGCUCUUCAACAGUGACAAGCUUACUUUUAUUGGGAUCACGUAAUAAUACCCAGGAAAAUCUGUCAGCGGAGGACAUUCCUGAUCCAGGUUACGGAAGGGUUGGUCAAUCACGUCCGACACCCCAUUCCCAAGAUCCUACACAAGUCCGAGACCUUGAUCCAAGGCCGAAAUCUAAUAUCCACACGGUGUAUGCUGCUAUUAAACUGCCACAAAUGAAACCGGGAAAACAGUCCCCCAAACAAGAAAAAACUGGAUAUAUGGACAAUGACGCAGCUACCCUAAACUAUGUCACUCUUGAUUUCAAGGGACAAAAUGAGCCAGGAAAAAGAGUACCUGACAGUUCAUCAGUCUACGCUGUGGUGUCGAAGGAUAAGCAGACAACGAAUUCCCAAACAGAAAAUCCAGAUUAUGAGAAUGUUUCUUCUGCAUGUGUGCCAAAGCUUCCAUUCACAAAUAUGGACUGGGAUUCUGAUACCAGUGAAGAAGAUGAGGUGAAUUACUCCACUGUGUCUUGUUCUGCCAAGCCUGCUGCUAAUCAACCCAAACAUAACCAGAAGAGCCGCCAUAGCAGUUCAAGCUCUGAUGAAGAAGACAGAACUGUAUAUUCAGCCAUAAAAGCAUAG